GGAAGCGACGAGAGAAACACAGAGACAACCUUGAACCGAUGGCAAGAUCCGUAAUUCUGUGUCUCAUCCUCGCGGCGGUUCUGACGUCAUCUCCGGCGGAGGCCUCCGGUGACGACAACCGAGUCUACUCUCCGUGCUCCGAUUCCAGGGUUGCGGUCGGUGAUGGAUUCUCAUUCGGCCUCGCCUUCGCUGCAAAAGAAUCCUUCUUCAACAGCAAUCGUUCCGUACAGUUCUCUCCAUGCGAUCGCCGACUCUCUCUCUCUAAUUCAGGUUCUCAGGUCGCCGUUUUCCGACCGAAAGUCGAUGAGAUCACCCUCCUCACCAUCAACACCUCCAGCUUCCGACCGGACUCUACGGGCGGUUUUAUGGUAGCAUUUGCUGGUUCGAAAUAUGCUGCAAGAUCGGUCCCAGUUUUCGUUGCGGAUAAUAACCUCAUCGUGACAAGCUUCACUCUUGUUCUUGAGUUCCAGAAGGGCAGGCUUCAGAACUUAUAUUGGAAGAGAGACGGUUGUGCCAAAUGUGCUGGAGAUGCGAAAUUUGUGUGCUUCAACAAACAGGAGUGUGCAAUCAGAACGCAGAACUGCAAGAACCGAGGAGGCCAAGUGGAUUGCAGUCUCGGGAUCCAGUUGGCGUUCUCGGGCACGGAUAAACACUACACCGCCCUAAAUUCGUGGUACGAGGUAGCAAACCUUCGGCAGUACUCGCUCUACGGCCUCUACUCCAAUCUACGGGAUUCUCUUACCAACCAGUUCAAGAACAUCUUCUGAGUUUCCACCUGAUGUUUUUGUAAGAUUCUUCGCCCCUCGGUUUUAGUUUGUGAUUAUUUCUUGCCUGUAUGUUAUAUUCUUUGUGUAUUCCUCGUUCUCCGUUUGCUUGAUUCCUGCUAUACUACUAUUUUCAACUUUGACAGUGCCUUUAUAUGAGCAAAUGAGAUAUAUGAUUGUUUCAGUGA